UGUCCAUCUAGACUUGCGUUGUAACUAUUCGUAAUUGUCAUCCUUAUAAUAUGUAACUUGUUGUCUGGACUGAUUUCAGGCCUCUCCGAAGACACCCUAAAGACGCUUGACAAAUGGCAGCGGUCCGUCAAAGAUUCACGCACGGGCGCCUUUGGCCAAAGAUUUGAGAAUCUGCUGCAACUCAGUGCUUGGUGCGUAACUCGUAUCACGAUCUGAUCGCUUUCACAUGUUGGUCAUGGUGCGGAUUUCGCUGCAGGGCAUACGAGGACCGGUCAACUGACCGUAAGAAGCUAUGCAUUUCCCAUUGAUGUUUCGACAUUUACCCGCGUGGACGGACGCUCCACGUAUACAAGGCCUAUAAUUGUAUGGCUCUUAUGAGAGUACUUCCCUUUCUCCCCUCCCCCCUUAAUCUCCUCGCUCUGGGACCAAGGUGACGAUGCGUCCAUCGGGCACAAAAUGAAUAGCACGUCAACGACACAGUCAGUCAUUUCCAGGUCAACCGCACCAUUGACAUCGUUGACUACGCCUGCGUCCUCUUCAUUCGCUGCCGUCGGGACAACUUUGAUCGAGACCAUCAUUUCCACCGUUACUGAAUCCGCUGCGUCGUCCGCAGAAACCGCCACGGACGACGUAAGCUUGUCGUCGGUGAUAAUCGAGUCAGACAGGCAGGCUAGCCCAUCAACUGCUUCGCCGAUGUCUACCGGUGUACAAGCAGAGUAUGUGAAAUUAUCGGCCCUACGCGUACAUUUUCUUAUUUUCGACUUGGGGGGUUUCUCUCCAGCAUGUCUUCCACAUUCUCUACCACGUCGGUGACGGCCAGAACAACCGUGGCGCAAGCAACCACGACGUCGACG